AUGUGCAUGGCAGAGUCGAUGCAAUUCUGUAUCUACCAGACAUCCGACAACACAGGAGAGAGGUGUGUUGCAGACUCAAUUUAAUAAAUGCAAUUAUCGGGGCCUAUUCAGUGAUUUUCCAUGAAGUGACCACUUUUACAUAUAGUUUAAAUGCACGAAUCAUGCAGGAAAAUUAUUUAUACAUUCAAAUGUGCUGUAGAGGUAUAAUCAAUUGGACAGCGUGUUUGUUUGAUAUUAUGUUUGUCUCUCAUUUGAUCAGAUUGCUUUACCCUGAGGUAAAAUUGAUCAAAUGGGUCCAGUGCAAGACGUGCAGGGGCUGGCUGCAUCAGGAUUGUGCUGGGAUGGAAAUGGAGCCGUUUGACUGCGGGUGCGAGGACUCCAUUGAGCGUCCUCGGUAUAACAUAAUUUAUCAAGGAAACAUAGUAUCAGUCAAAAAUACGAGGCUCAAAGGAUGAAAAAAUGAGGGCUUGCUCUUUUUCUUAUUUCUCUGCAGGAUCAAGGAUGCUGUUGACAGUGGAGGAAUUCAUGCUGUCUUUUCUAAGACACAGAUCAAGGUUGCUUUUGAAUGCACUAUCAGUUGUUAAAGCCACCGUUUCUUUUUCAGAUGAUUACAUUUUUGUCUCUUGCUCUUUGGUUUCAGACAUUACAUGAUGAUCUCCUGUCUGGAAAGCUCCGCUCCAACCGGAUUUUCCUUUGGAGGAAUCCCGCCACCUCACUCCGACUGAAGCAGCACCUCAAGAUAAGGACAUUAAGUUGGAGUGAGCAGCGCGUAAGUAAAAAUGCCAUCCAUCAUGAGUAUUUUUACUCUCAGGGGUGUUACAUUUGAAAGGUGUUUACUUUGUGUGUUUUUCUUCAAUAGAUGUUCAAGCUCCUGCGGUUCAUUGAGGUGGCAACAAAAAUUUCUAAAAAAAUAAAGAGAGGCGAGAUUCAUCUGCUUGAUUUCGUUUUUGACGUCAUGCUCCCAGAGGUGAGUAGAUCAAACUAUAUAGCUUGCUUUGAAAAUUGAUGAUAUUGUUAAGAGGUUGUUCUUAUUCAUUUGGAAAGCUCAAGAACAACAAUUAACCCAUACUGCAUAACUUCAAUUGUUCACAUUAUUUGACUGUUUUUCAGCUUUUGAUCAAAGCACUGAAGGAGCAUGGCAUCAACCGGUUCAGAGCAGAGCUGAUGAUGGCCGGUGGCAACGCGUUUUAA